AUGGGAGGAAAUCAAACCCAGAUUAAAUUCAUCCUUUCAGGAAUUACAGACAGCCCGGGUGCUCAGAUCCCUCUGUUCGUGUUGUUUCUGCUGAAUUACAUUGUCAUUUUGGUGGGGAACUUCGGCAUUAUCAUCUUGGUUCGGGUGUCUUCCAGCCUCCAGACCCCCAUGUACUUCUUCCUCUCCCAUUUUGCCUUCACUGACAUCUGCUAUUCCACAGUCAUCUCCCCCAGGAUGCUGGCAGACCUGUUAUCAGAGGACAAAACCAUUUCUUUUACCGGCUGCAUGAUGCAGUCUCAAAGCUUUACACACUUUGCUGUUAUUGAGUGUCACCUGCUGGCCACGAUGGCCUACGAUCGGCACGUUGCUAUCUGCCAGCCCCUGCUUUACGUGACCAUCAUCUCCAGACGCGUCUGCUGGCAGCUGGUAGCAUCAUCCUACGCAUUUGCCUUCCUCAGUGCCAUCAUCUGCACAUGGUGCACGUUUGGAGGUUCCUUCUGUGGUCCCAACCGCAUUGACCACUUCUUCUGUGACGUUGUUCCUGUGCUAAAGCUCGUGUGCUCUGACACACACAGCAGUGAGAUGGUCAUCUUUGCCUUCGUCACCAUCAACGUAGUGGGUACGAGCGUUAUCAUUUUGCUCUCCUACAUCUCUAUCAUCCGCAACGUGCUGAGGGUGUGCUCAGCACAGAGCAGGGCCAGAGCCUUCCAUACCUGCACCUCCCAUUUGAUGGCUGUUGCCUUGUUAUAUGGGUCAGCAUUCUUCAUGUACCUACAACCUCCAUCUAGCCACAGGAGCCUGGAUAAGGUGGCUUCCAUCCUCUAUGCUGUGGUCAACCCCAUGCUUAACCCAUUUAUCUACAGCCUGAGGAAUAAGGAGGUGAAGGAGGCUCUGAUCAAGUGCAGGAGAAGGUUCUUCAACCACUGGCAACACAGAAGAGUUGUAUUAUCCAGGACAUGA